GGAGGGUUGUUUACAGCACAAGAAACUUCUUAUCAGUUUGAAAAUCUCCAGUACUGCGGCUGGAAACAAAUAUUUCAAACAAAAAAGAAGAAGAAAACAUGGAUGUGGUUCAGUUACACACUCUAUCUGAAACUGAUGAUAAGAUGAAGGAAGAAGAAGUUGUGCUUCCUGGGUUUAGAUUUCAUCCAACAGAUGAAGAGCUUGUUGGGUUUUAUCUCAAGAGAAAGGUGGGGAAGAAGCCUCUCCGAAUCGAUCUCAUCAAACAAGUUGACAUCUACAAAUACGACCCAUGGGAUCUUCCCAAAGUGAAUUCAGUUGGGGACAAAGAAUGGUACUUUUUUUGCAAGAGAGGGAGAAAGUACAGGAACAGCAUAAGGCCAAACAGGGUGACAAAGUCUGGGUUCUGGAAAGCCACAGGGAUUGACAAGGUCAUAUAUAGUGUUAAAGAACCUCAUCAUCAAAGCAUUGGCCUCAAGAAAUCACUUGUCUACUACCGUGGAAGUGCUGGGAAAGGCACCAAAACCGAUUGGAUGAUGCAUGAGUUUCGCCUUCCACCAAAUAAUCCACAUGAUGCUAAUGCAAGCAAUGACGUUCAAGAAGCUGAGGUGUGGACACUCUGCAGGAUAUUCAAACGUAUCACACCUUACAAAAAGUACACUCCAAAUUUGAAAGACUCAGCAGCCGACACCAAACCAAACCCAGAAACUUCUAUAGACUCUGACAAUUGCAAGUCAUUCAUGCAACAAGUUGAAAUGAAACCCAUUUUUGGAUUUGUUGAUCAAAAUAAACAGUUGCUUCUGGGCCAGUUUGGCUCUGUAGCUCUUCCUGGGGUUCCAUCAACAUUGCCUUACCCUAGCUCAUGGAAUCAGAAUAUUGUUGAGGAUACAAUAUUUGCAAAUCAGAACUGGGAUGAUCUGAGAUCUGCAAUUCAGUUUGCCAAUGAUCCAUCCAAGGUUUAUGAUAAUUUCAUAGAAACAUAUAUACCACCCUACUUUUCUUAGGUUGGAGUCAGAAACUAGAAUAAACUUAGAUUGACUUUGAGUAAACAUAUAUAUAUAGGAGAGAGUUGUCACAUUAUAUGUACACAUUUCGUACGAGAUAUAUAUAUCAUGUAAAAUUUUACAUAUAUCUAUCUAUGUAUAGAUGAGAGACCUUACUAAUAUAAAUAUUAUUUAUAGGCUUAGUUGCACUUUUGGU